UCAGUGAGACCUCGCCUCGUCGGGGUGCAGAGAGCUUGAGGCAAGUCGAGGAAGGAAGAGGUGACUUAUGAUGAGGGCUGGGGGAAGUGGUGGAUUGUUAAGGGAACACGAUCAGCAGCAUUAGCUAAAUCCCAGCGAAAUUUCAUCCUUAAAUCCCAGUCAGGGCAGGGCCACAUCGUCAGUAAAGCUGCAAAGGACGUUGGAUAAAGAGAAGAAACGGGACACUAUCGAUUACUAGCGGACUAAAUGAAUAGUAUCGGCAUUUAUUGAGACGUGAGCCGGCGGCCGUGAACUGUUAAGAUUACCACACAGACUGCGAUAACCAGCCAAUUUAUUAUUCCUCAAACAUGGCUUCGGCGAGCAGCAUCGCCGCAUCUAUUGCGAGCAAAACGAAGACCAAAAAGAAACACUUCGUCGCUCAGAAAGUGAAGCUCUUCCGCGCCAGCGACCCUCUGCUCAGUGUGCUUAUGUGGGGAGUCAAUCAUUCGAUAAACGAGCUAAGCCACGUUCAAAUUCCCAUCAUGCUUAUGCCAGAUGACUUCAAGGCCUACUCUAAGAUUAAAGUGGACAACCACCUCUUCAACAAAGAGAACAUGCCAAGCCAUUUCAAGUUCAAGGAGUACUGCCCUCUGGUGUUCCGGAACCUCCGGGAGAGGUUUGGCAUUGAUGAUCAGGACUUCCAGAACUCUUUGACGCGUAGCGCUCCCUUGAAUAGCGAGGCUCAGGGACGGAGUGGGGCCCGCUUCCACACCUCCUAUGACAAACGUUAUGUCAUCAAGACCAUCAGCAGUGAGGACGUAGCAGAGAUGCAUAACAUCCUCAAAAAGUACCAUCAGUUCAUCGUGGAGUGCCAUGGUAACACAUUGCUGCCUCAGUUCCUGGGCAUGUACCGUCUCACAGUGGACGGAGAUGAGACCUACAUGAUUGUCACACGCAACGUCUUCUCCCACCGCCUUUCCGUCUACAAAAAGUAUGACCUCAAGGGAUCCACUGUGGCAAGAGAGGCCAGCGACAAGGAGAAGGCGAAGGAGCUUCCCACCUACAAGGACAAUGACUUCAUCAACGAUGGGCAGAAGAUCUACAUCGACGAGGAGAACAAGAAGAUGUUCCUGGAGAAGCUGAGGAAAGACGUGGAGUUCCUGGCCCAGCUGAAGCUGAUGGACUACAGUCUGCUGGUGGGGAUUCACGACGUGGAGCGAGCUGAGCAGGAGGAUGUGGAGAGCGAGGACAACGAGGGCGAGGAGGAGGGCGAGAGCGACGGCGGCGGCAUUGGGACACCGCCUGACAGUCCCAGCAACACCCUGGACAGCACGAAGCCCCUGUCCCCCGGAGAGUUCGAUCCCACCAUCGACGUCUAUGCCAUCAAAAGCAACGAAAGCGCUCCCCGAAAGGAGGUGUACUUCAUGGCCGUCAUAGAUAUCCUGCAGCAUUAUGAUGCCAAGAAGAAGGCUGCCCAUGCUGCCAAGACUGUCAAACAUGGGGCAGGAGCUGAGAUCUCCACCGUGAACCCUGAGCAGUACUCCAAGAGGUUCUACGAUUUUAUCACCACUAUCCUGUCAUAG